AUGAUAGUGUACGCACCGCAGACUGCCUUUGGCACGGUCGACAACUUGAAAGUCCCUCACUUGCCAAAGCCUGCCGCUACUGUCCUCGGUUAUUUUGAACGCAACUGCAACUUGCUCGACCUGUGGGCUUUGCCACCACGAGGAGCUAAUGCAAUCCUUCGAGGCAUCAGAGAUCCAUGUGACUACGGCGGAAUCUCCCAGCUGGUAUUGGCAGCUCUGGAUAUGGAUAUGGAUAUGGUAUAUAAGUUGAAAUGGAAGUGGAAAUACCUAGGUAGAAAGGGAUGGAAUGAUGUUCGAAGUGCACCAAGACCCAUGCGCUUUUAG